AUGGCUCAGCUGUGCGCUUACCCGGGUCGGCUCAGCCAGCGGAAAGGGUUAGGGGAGCCGCAGUAUAAUCACGUAUUAUGUUAUCCUGACAGGUUUGCAAAUGCCACCCAUGAAGUCAUCAAUGUCACCCUCCACACUACGCUGGCUGCUACUACCAGAUUGGUGGUACCUACACCUGCUAAACCUAUCCUUCCAGUUCAGACUGGAGUCCAAGCACAGCAAGAGGAGCAAUCUAGCGGCAUGACGAUUUUUUUUAGUCUUCUUGUAGUAGCUAUCUGCAUCAUAUUGGUGCAUUUACUCAUAAAAUACCGACUUCAUUUUUUACCAGAGAGUGUGGCUGUUGUUUCUUUAGGUAUCCUUAUGGGAGCUUUUAUAAAAAUCAUAGAGGCUCAAAAGCUGGCCAACUGGAAGGAAGAAGAAAUGUUUCGUCCAAAUAUGUUUUUUCUGCUUUUGCUUCCACCUAUUAUAUUUGAAUCUGGAUAUUCAUUGCACAAGGGUAAUUUUUUUCAGAACAUUGGUUCCAUCACUCUGUUUUCUGUAUUUGGCACUGCAAUAUCUGCUUUCAUUGUAGGUGGAGGAAUUUAUUUCCUGGGCCAGGCUGAUGUAAUUUAUAAACUCAACAUGACAGACAGUUUUGCAUUCGGCUCUUUGAUAUCUGCAGUUGACCCUGUGGCUACUAUUGCCAUUUUCAAUGCCCUCAAUGUGGAUCCAGUACUUAACAUGUUGGUUUUUGGAGAAAGCAUUCUCAAUGAUGCAGUGUCUAUUGUCUUGACCAACACAGCAGAAGGUUUGACAAGAGAAAACAUGUCAGAUGUAAGUGGAUGGGAAACCUUUCUACAGGCACUGGGAUACUUUCUUAAAAUGUUCUUUGGCUCUGCAGCGCUUGGCACACUUACUGGUCUUAUUUCUGCAUUAGUGCUAAAGCACAUUGAUUUAAGGAAGACACCCUCCCUAGAGUUUGGAAUGAUGAUUAUUUUCGCUUACCUUCCGUAUGGACUUGCAGAGGGUAUCUCACUCUCAGGUAUCAUGGCAAUCCUCUUCUCUGGCAUCGUGAUGUCUCACUAUACACACCAUAACUUGUCCCCGGUUACACAGAUUUUAAUGCAGCAGACACUGAGAACUGUUGCUUUCAUGUGUGAAACGUGUGUGUUUGCAUUUCUUGGCCUGUCAAUUUUUAGUUUUCCUCACAAGUUUGAAAUGUCCUUUGUCAUCUGGUGCAUAGUACUUGUUCUGUUUGGUAGAGCAGUGAAUAUUUUCCCGCUCUCCUACCUACUCAACUUUUUCCGUGAUCAUAAAAUCACCCCCAAAAUGAUGUUUAUUAUGUGGUUUAGCGGUUUACGUGGUGCAAUUCCCUAUGCCCUCAGCCUCCAUUUGGGCUUGGAACCAAUAGAGAAGCGGCAGCUCAUUGGGACAACAACAAUCAUCAUAGUACUGUUCACAAUUUUGCUGCUGGGAGGAGGAACCAUGCCCCUUAUCAGACUGAUUGACAUUGAGGACUCCAAAGCACGCAAGAGGAACAAGAAGGACAUUAAUCUUAGCAAGACAGAGAAGAUGGGAAAUACCAUCGAAUCGGAACAUUUAUCGGAGCUCACAGAGGAGGAAUAUGAAGCCCAGUACAUAAAACGCCAGGACCUCAAAGGGUUUAUGUGGUUUGAUGCCAAGUAUUUGAAUCCUUUCUUCACCAGAAGACUCACACAAGAAGACUUGCAUCACGGGCGCAUACAGAUGAAAACCCUCACAAACAAAUGGUAUGAAGAGGUACGACAAGGACCCUCAGGAUCUGAAGAUGAUGAGCAAGAGCUGCUGUAGCAGACCGGGGCAGGAGUGCAACAAGUUUAUCCUUAGAGCGUUAGGAAGAGGAUUUAAGUAUCAGGAGUCUGACUGCACAAGAGCUGGAAAGCUAAGAAUGAACUUUCUGAUUUCAGGCAUGUCUUGUGCCACAUGUUUAGGUAUAAAACUGCGGAUCUACUGUGCUUGCUAUUACUAGUCAGUGAUGGAAACCCAUACGUGUCAGACCCUGGACUGAAUGAAGAACCUUUUGUUCAGAUUUUACAGCAUAGCAUAUUUCAUGCAGCCUAUUGAAAAGCAGAAACAUCUGCCAUGAAGUGAUGACAUUGUUUAAUGGGGGGGUCUUCUUCCUUUUGUGAAAUCUGCUGUAAACAUAUGCUGAAGUACAGAGCCAUUGUAUGACUCUGCAAAACAGAAUUAAUUGCACUUUACUUUUUUUUUUUAUAUCUAUAUAUUCAUUCACAGCAUGGAGAGUCUUGACAGUUUAUACUAUGAAUUUGUUUGAGCACUAGUAAGGGAAUCUGACUGGAAUAAAUCUAUGAUUUAUGGGAUUUGCACAUUAUGGAUCCAGAAAAG